UGUUAACUGAAGUUUUUAUUUCAGUUGGGCAGCACAGCAGUGGAGUGGCUAGAACAGUUUUUUCAUAGCAAGGAGGUCUUGAGUUUAAAUCUAUCAGUCACUUGGUGCCUUUCUGUGUGGGUUUUCUUUGGUUCUCCAGCUUCCUCCCACAGUCCAAUGACAUGCUUGUUAAAUAAAAUUUGGCCUUCAUUUGAAUGUGAUCUGUCUCUUGCUGUUAGCCUUUUGAUGGAUUGGCAAGCUGUUCAAGGUGCACCCCAAAUUUAACUUUAUAACAGCAGGUUCAGCCUUUUCACAACACUAAAUUGGAUAAGGAGUUAAGAAAACGAAUAGAUUUUGGCUUUCAAUAAGUAUUAGAACAACAUGAUCUCAGCCCCUUAGCUCUCAUUUACAAGUGUCCUCCAUAAAACCCCAAAUUCACUCCCCCACAAGGCUGUGGCUGUGUUUACUUCAGGUCACAUUUCUCAUUUUGUUUUUUCUGAUGAAUUACCCACUAUUUCCCCAAAGUAAUCACAUUACAUUGUUGUGAUCUCAAUAUCGACCAAAGUAAUUGCAAUUACAAUUUUUGCUGUCACUGAGCAGCCCUUCAUUCAAGUGGAUUUUCAAGUCUAGCUCUUCUUUUCUCCUUCUGUGAAUCCAUAAAUCCAGAGCUAAAAUUUAAGCAUUUAUUAAAUGACAAAUAAUUUCUUAUUGUGUUCCUUAAAAAGUAUAAUCCCUCAGAAAACUGAAUAAAAUUUACUGCUUACGUACUGAACCAAUCAUUUGUUGUUAGAUUUCUUUCCCCCUUCCCCCGUCUGCAGUGGCCUGCGAUGCGGCCACGAGCCAGCACAGCAUCACAUGAAGCUGAUUAUCCAUGUAAAUCUCCACAACCAAAACAACGCUUUCCUUUUGCACAAAUGACUCAAGCGUGAUCGCACGGCCCAUGAGGCUGGCCGGAACUCGUCUGGAUGCCUCGCCUUCCUAUUUUCCCUCUCUGCUUUGUGAGUGGGCACUGAAAAGAAGGCAACAGUAACAGUCACUUUCACGUGGAUUCGUCUAUAAGUUGUGCCACAAUGUCAGCACUGCUACAGAUGGACAAUGCAGGGAUAAAAAGAAGAAUUGUGAUAAAAGAUGAUUGGCCAGGCUACAGUCUGGACCUGUUCACCUAUCCUGAGCACUACCAUGAUGACAUCGAGAGUAUUUACAUUCCACAUGGGGUAAUCAUGAAUAGGACCGAACGCCUGGCCCACUACAUCAUGGAUGACUUUCGGGAUGACAACAUAAUGGUCCUGUGUGUUCUGAAGGGAGGCUACAAAUUCUGUGCAGAUCUGGUGGAGUUCAUCAAGAUUCUCGGCCGGAACUCCAACAAGUACCUGGAGACCCGAGUAGAGUUCAUCCGUCUGAAGAGCUACCUGAAUGACCAAUCAACAGAGGACCUGCACAUCAUAGGAUGCCGAGAUCUGUCUUUUCUGCGUGGAAAGAGUGUGCUCAUUGUUGAGGCCAUAGUUGACACAGGAAAGACCAUGAAGGCCCUUCUGAAGCAUGUGGAGACCUUUGAACCCAAGAUGGUCAAGGUCGCAGGGCUGCUUGUGAAGAGGCUCGCUAACAUGGCUGAAAGUCUGACAGACUAUGUUGGAUUUGAAAUUCCCAACCGGUUUGUUGUUGGCUAUGCCCUUGACUACAAUGAAUACUUCCGUGACCUGAAUCAUAUCUGUGUCCUCAGCAGAACAGGAAAGAUGAAGUACAAGAUAUGAGAAGACAUGAAGCCAUUAGUUAUACUCAGUUUUACAGCAGCACAUAUUUCUCUCCCGUUGCUGUAACAAUUUGGGAGGGGGGGUUGGUCUUCAUUACAAUUCAGUGCUGGAUGGACACUGUGAAAUGUUUUUAUGCGUGAAUUAAAAGGCAUUUAAUUCAGUU